GUUAAUAUGGAAAACGUGUGGUCACACUGUUGUCUCUGCGUGCAUUGUUUACGUUUUUAAUUUCACAUGUGUAAAUAAACACAAAAUGGACGUAUUAAAAGCAGAAAUUGCGCGUAAACGCAAAUUGCUGGAGCAGAAGCAGUUGGUGGACGACAAAAAAAAGUAUUUUCGUCGCGGCGAACUCAAUGCCAAGGACACAGAGGAAGUGCUGCAGAAAGUGGGCUACAAGAAGCAGGAAUCUGUUGAGGCACCGCGAGCAGAAGGCGCCUACAGUUUUGUGGCCGAUGGCCAGAAUAUUUUGCCCCGCGCCGAAGUCAUAAGAAGAUUGCGAGAACGCGGCGAGCCAGUGCUUUUGUUUGGUGAAACGGAGCUGGAAGCUUUCGACAGGCUGCGCAUAUGCGAGAUUUCGCAGCCGGAGGCGAACCGUGGCUUCCGCAACGAUUUCCAGGAAGCCAUGGAACAGGUAGAUGCCGCCUAUUUGCAGGAAAUGUUCGCCAAUACGCCCACAGCCAAAGAAGACAAGAAGUCCGACUUCGCUGAACUGGAUGAAACAAUUUCGUGGGAGAGCAUUCAGACAAUGGCCCAGAAAAUGGGACGCAACAAAGACUACGACAUGGAUGUAAUCAUAACACUGCUCACGUUUCUGCUAAAGCUAUGGAACGAUCAAAUUGCCAACUACACUAAGCACGAAAAGAUGUCCACCAAGGUGAAAAUGACUCGCGUCAUCUACACGCAGACCAAGGAGUAUGUGAAGCCGCUGUUCCGUAAGCUGAAGCAUCACACGCUUCCCGAGGACAUUCUGGACAGCUUGCGGGACAUCUGCAAGCAUCUGCUGAAUCGUAAUUACAUCUCUGCUAGUGAUGCUUAUCUAGAGAUGGCUAUUGGUAACGCUCCCUGGCCCAUUGGUGUCACCAUGGUGGGUAUCCAUGCGAGAACAGGUCGAGAGAAGAUCUUCUCUAAGAACGUGGCUCACGUGAUGAACGAUGAAACGCAACGCAAAUAUAUUCAGGGACUGAAGCGCUUGAUGACCAAGUGCCAGGAAUACUUUCCCACUGAUCCUUCAAAGUGUGUGGAGUAUGUCAGCAAAAAGGAUCGCGAAUAAAUAUAGUAUAUGUUAUCCAUAAAUUAAACUAAGUU